AAAAAACUGCACUGCACACUUGUCAAAAAAAUUGUCAAUUUGCUUUGCUAGAGAAGAAAACCCAAUUAAAAUAAUUUGUUAAAUUGGAUAUAAAUAAUAUACAAACCAAUUUAAAAAAAAACCGAAUUAAAAAAAUAUGGGUGAGAGUUCAAGUGCCUCAACAAAAGAUGAUGAACAUGAAUUAAAACAAUUUCGCAAUCUGUUAUGGGGUGAAAAUAUCCGAUUGGAUGUAUUUCGGCGAUGGUCACAAGGCUUCGAGUUCAGUGAGGUGGAACCGUCUGCUCUCGUUCAGCGACAGGGAGGGCCCUGUGCUGUCAUCGCCCCAGUGCAAGCUUAUUUAUUGAAAAUUCUCAUGGAUACCCCCAAUCAUUGUCUGAAAGAUUUGACUCAUGACAAAUGCAAACAAGUUCUUAUACAAGCUCUAUGUAAUAUUCUUGAGAAGUGUAAAGAAACAAAAUUUCGAAUUGUUAGUUUGCAUGAGGAGGCUGUUGAAGCGAUGGAAUCUUCUUCUUCUUCAGUAACACCGGCAGCAGCACCCGUUGAUGAUGAUGGCAAUGUAAAUACAUCGGCAGAUACAGAUGAUGCACCGGAAGCUGAGCACGAAAGGCUACCAGAAGACUUCCACAACAGCCUCUCAGUGAUUAACCUAGAUAAUAUAGAUGAUGUAUCCAAAUAUCUCUCCGAAAAUUUUCGGACUUUAACAGCCGAUUAUGGUGUUUUACUUUUUAUGUAUAGUGUCCUCUUAACCAAGGGUUUCGAAAAUGUUACUUCAGAGCUUUCCGACACAUCAGAACCUCUCAUACAUAAUACAUAUGGUUAUGGAUCCCAAGGGCUUAUUAAUCUCAUGUUAACCGGUCAAGCUGUUGCUCACGUUUGGGAUCACGAAGAAGAUAUUGGUGGGCUAAAACUACGUGGUAUUAGUGAGCAAAGUGAAAUUGGUUUUAUUACUCUCAUGGAACAAAUGCGCUAUUGCACUGUCGGAUCUUUUUAUAAAAACCCUAAAAAUCCCGUUUGGGUAAUGGGUUCAGAAACACAUCUUACUGUAUUGUUUAGCCAUGAAAAGAGAUUAGUUUCACCAGAAACUUCUUCAGAAAUAGCUCGAAGAGUAUUUAAAUCUUAUGACCCAGAAGGGAAUAAUUUUAUUCCAGCGCCAGUUCUUCAAGAUGUCUUGGCGUCGUUAGAUCUAGUCAGUGAACCAGAAUACGUCGAAAUAAUGGUGAAAAAGCUAGAUCCCGAGAAUUUAGGCAUCAUACUUUUAAAUGCAUUUAUGGAUGAGUUUUUCCCGCUCGAAAAGCGUUCCACACCAGAUACAUUUGAUUUGUUGCAUUAUAAUGGAAUCCCUGGAUCAAACGAGGGCAAUAAAGUGCGUUUUAAUAGGGGUUCAGCAGUUAUGUUAGAAUGUGAUUUAAAAUCGGUUUGCGUUUCGAAUCCGAUGUUAACGUGUUUGCAGACCAAAUGGCCAAAUAUUGAUGUGAAUUGGAGUGGCUCGAAAGUACCAUCGUUAAAUUAAUUUUAAUUGAAUCUUUAAAACAAAAAAAUUAGGAAUAUGCAAAACAAAUUUAUAAUUAAAACUAAAACAAAAAACAAACA